AUCGCACGCGCCCGACUCGAUCAGUUGCUGGCGUGCCGUCUAACCCUGCGGAUGUGUGCCGGAUCGAGAUACUUUCGGCGAGCAGUUGAAGUUCGAAGAUAGUUGGUAUCGCAGCGCGAACGGAUCUAUAUAUAAUAUCCUGCGGCAAUGCGCAGGCGCAAAGUGCCGAAUACUGUAUACUGAAAAUUGGAAGUGACAAGUGGACAAGUGGACUUGUGGACAAGUGUGCCGCAGAUAAUUAAAACUCAAGUGUUAGCCACUCAAAAGCAGGGACGCGAUACACCAAAAAUACAUAUAUAUAUAUAUAAAUUCGAGAUUUACGAGUGCCAAGCCGCGAGGAGUGAGAGUGAGAGGACUCAGCAAGGAGCCGCAAAAUGGAUUUAUCGAGGCGGCUGUGCUCAACUGCCUUGGUAGCAUUCAUUGUUCUGGCCGGCAUCCACGAUUCCCAGAGCAGAUUUCCUGGGCUAAGACAAAAAAGACAAUAUGGCGCCAACAUGUACUUGCCGGAGAGCUCUGUCACGCCCGAUGGCGAGGGCGACGAUCCCAACGAGUGGACCCCCUGGAGCUCACCCUCGGACUGUUCACGAACCUGCGGCGGAGGAGUGUCCUACCAGACAAGAGAGUGUCUGCGCAGAGAUGACUAUGGCGAAGCAGUUUGCAGUGGCGGCAGUCGUCGCUACUUCUCCUGCAACACCCAAGACUGUCCGGAGGAGGACCCCGACUUCAGGUCGCAGCAGUGUUCCCGCUUCGACAGCCAGAGGUUCGAUGGCGUCUUCUACGAGUGGGUGCCCUACACAAAUGCGCCCAAUCCGUGCGAGCUGAACUGCAUGCCCAAGGGCGAGCGGUUCUACUAUCGCCAACGGGAGAAGGUGGUGGACGGAACGCGUUGCAAUGACAAGACCCUCGAUGUCUGCGUGAAUGGCGAGUGCAUGCCCGUGGGCUGUGACAUGAUGCUGGGCAGCGAUGCCAAGGAGGACAAGUGCCGCAAGUGCGGUGGCGAUGGCAGCACCUGCAAGACCAUUCGCAACACCAUUGCCACGAAGGACUUGGCCUCCGGCUACAACGACCUGCUGCUCCUGCCAGAGGGUGCCACCAAUAUCCGCAUUGAGGAGACAGUGCCAUCGAGCAAUUACCUGGCCUGCCGCAAUCACAGUGGACACUACUACCUGAACGGUGACUGGCGCAUCGACUUCCCGCGCCCCAUCUUCUUUGCCAACUCGUGGUGGAACUAUCAACGCAAGCCCAUGGGUUUCGCGGCCCCCGACCAGCUGACCAGCAGCGGGCCCAUCUCGGAGAGCAUCUUCAUCGUGAUGUUGGUGCAGGAGCGAAACAUCAGCCUGGACUACGAGUACAGCAUCCCGGAGUCCCUCAGUCACUCGCAACAGGAUACGCACACGUGGACACACCACCAGUUCAGUGCCUGCAGUGCCCAGUGCGGCGGUGGAACCCAGAGUCGCGUGGUGACCUGCAAUAACCGCAUCACCCUGGCCGAAGUCAACCCCUCUCUGUGCGAUGAGAAGUCCAAGCCAGCCGAGGAACAAGCCUGCGGCACGGAGCCCUGUGCCCCCCACUGGCAGGAGGGAGAGUGGUCCAAGUGCUCCAAGGGCUGCGGAUCCGAUGGCUUCCAGAACAGAAACAUCACUUGCGAGCGCAUCUCCUCUUCAGGAGAGCGUACAGUUGAAGAAGAUGCAGUUUGCCUAAAGGAGGUGGGCAACAAGCCGGCCACCAAACAGGAAUGCAAUCGCGAUGUCAAGAACUGUCCCAAGUACCAUCUGGGACCUUGGACGCCAUGUGACAAGCUCUGUGGCGAGGGCAAGCAGACGCGUAAGGUGACCUGUUUCAUCAAGGAGAAUGGACGCAAGCGAGUCCUGCCCGAUGAAGAUUGCGUAGAGGAGAAGCCAGAGGUGGAAAAAACUUGCCUGCUGACGCCUUGUGAGGGUGUUGAUUGGAUUAUCUCUCAAUGGAGUGGUUGCACUGCUUGUGGCCAGAACACCGAGACACGUACGGCCAUUUGCGGUAACAAGGAAGGUAAGGUGUAUCCCAAGGAGUUCUGCGAGCCAGAGGUGCCUACUUUAUCCCGACCAUGUGAAUCGCCCAAGUGCCAGGCUCAAUGGUUCUCCUCGGAAUGGAGCAAGUGCUCUGCUCCAUGUGGAAAGGGUGUUAAAUCUCGCAUUGUCAUCUGCGGGGAGUUCGAUGGCAAGACGGUGACUCCGGCUAGCGAUGAUUCCAAAUGCGACAAGGCAACGAAACCAGAAGCUGAACAGGAGUGCGAGGGCGAGGAGAACCAAUGCCCCGGCGAAUGGUUCACUGGGCCUUGGGGCAAGUGCAGCAAACCUUGCGGUGGAGGUGAACGUGUUCGCGAAGUCCUGUGCUUAUCCAAUGGAACAAAGGCAUUAAACUGCGACGAAGCAAAGGUAGAAUCUUUAUCCGAGAAGUGUAAUCCAGAAGCCUGCACUGAAGACGAGAUAUUGCCUCUGACUAGCACCGAUAAACCCAUCGAGGAUGACGAGGAGGAGUGUGAUGAGGAUGGUAUUGAGCUGGUCGGUGAUAGCUUACCGGAGGCUGAUAAGAACGCCGAUAUUAUCGACUUCGAAGACAAAUCGACAACGGAAUCCUCACCUGAGGAUGAAGAGCUAAUGCAAAGUGACAGCCCGACACCCUUCGAUUCAUCUGAUUCGACUGGUACCACAGUUGAGGGAUCCGGAGAUGAGUCCGAUUCAACCACAGACAGCGGCAUUUCUACAGAAGGAAGUGGUGAUGAUGAAGACACUUCUGAGCCUUCCACCGAUAUGGCCAGCUCGACGACUGCCGAUUCCAGCUCCAGUGACUCCAGUCCCAGCGACUCUAGCUCCAGCAUUUCCAGCGAUGCGACCUCUGAAGCUCCAACUUCAGUGUCCGAUUCAAGCGACACCACGGACCUAUCUAGUGGUUCCACUGAUCCCUCAAGCUCAACGGAAGCAUCCUCAACUGAUGUUUCAAGCUCUACAGAUGCUACAAGCUCUACUGACACUUCUGGAUCAACUGAGGCUUCGAAGUCAACUGAUGCAUCAAGCUCAACUGAUGCUUCAAGCUCUACAGAUGCUUCAGGAUCUACUGAUGCGACAGACUCUACUUCUGAGGGAUUUACGGCCUCUACGGACAAAUCAUCUGAUAUUAGUGAAUCUUCGCCAUCAUCUUCUAGUGACAAUACAGAUGGAACCACCAACGAAGUUUCUAGCUCAACGGACAGUUCCACGGACAGUACUUCUAGUGCCACGUCCGACUCAACAGACUCUUCAGCUUCUACAGAAUCCACUUCGGAAGAUACUACCGAAAGUACAUCGGAAGAUACAACCGAAAGUACUCCAGAGUCCUCAACUGAUACCACUGAAUCCUCAACGUUGGAUGUUUCCUCAACUACUGAAGCUUCCUCUACCAGUGGUUCUUCAACCGAAUCUACAUCAGCAGAUAGCUUCGAUUCUUCUUCCACUGCUAAUUCAUUGGCUCCCGAAUCCACUGGACUAUCAAGCGAUGGAUCAACCACAGAUGGUACCACUGUUGAUGGUUCCACUGACAGUUCCACAGAUGGAUCAACGACCGGAAGCACUGAAAGCUCCUCGGAAGGCUCUACAGAUAGCGCCACUGAUUCCUCAGGAUCAACCGAAAGCACUGACGCUAGCGCCAGUGAGGGUUCAACCACUGAUGGCACAACAGUCGACGGUCAAUCCAGUUCCACAAGUGAUGAUUCAUCAGAUUCUACCGCCACAGACAUCUCAUCUUCCACUGAUGUUUCUGGUUCUACAGAAGCAACCGAGUCCUCUGCCUCCACAGAUGGCUCCUCCACAGAUGGUUCAUCCACAGAUGGUUCGUCAACAGAUGUUUCCUCUACUGAGGCUUCCCCUACAGAUUCCACUGAGUCCACUGAAAGUGCUGGAACUAGUGACACCACAGAGAGUGGGCCAACUGAGGAGAGUACCAGCGAAGGAUCGACCGACAGCACAUCUGAGGGAUCCACGGAAAGCACACAGUCUACAGAUAUCGACAGCACUACCAGCGAUAUCUGGAGCAGCAGCAGUGACAAAGACGAAGAGGAGUCCAGUACUCCAUACUCCUUUGCGUCUGAGGUUGGAAAAGGCAAGCCUCGUAAGUGUAAGCUUAAAAAGAGUACCUGCGCUAAGACUGAGUACGGUUGCUGUCCCGAUGGUAAGUCCACUCCCACGGGGCCCUUCGACGAGGGCUGUCCCAUUGUCAAGACCUGUGGCGAUACAAAGUACGGUUGUUGUCUGGACGGAGUGUCUCCGGCUAAGGGCAAAGACCACAAGGGUUGUCCCAAGUCCCAGUGUGCUGAGACGCUCUUCGGCUGCUGCCCCGAUAAGUUUACCGCUGCCAGUGGUGAGGACGAUGAGGGAUGUCCCGAAACAACCACUGUGCCGCCUACUACUACCACUGAGGAGUCGCAACCAGAGUCAACUACUGAGCUGGAGGGAUCAGGGGAGGAUUCAACGACACUUGAGCCAGAGACCUCCAAGAAGUCCUGCUCCUCUUCCGAUUUCGGAUGUUGUCCCGAUGCCCAAACGCCCGCCAAGGGCGAGAACUUCGAGGGCUGUGGUGAGGAACAACAGGUCGCCAAGGGAUGCGCCCAAUCCGACCACGGUUGCUGUCCAGAUGGACGAACUGCUGCCAGUGGUCCUGACGGCAAGGGCUGCUCAGCCUGCACCCGCGAACGCUUUGGCUGUUGCCCGGAUUCGGAGACCCCGGCCCAUGGACCCAACAACGAGGGUUGCUGUGUGGACACCGCCUUCGGCUGCUGCCCUGACAAUAUAUUGGCCGCCCGUGGACCCAACUUCGAGGGCUGCGAGUGCCACUAUACGCCCUUCGGUUGCUGUCCGGACAACAAGUCACCCGCUCAGGGUUACAACCAAAAGGGAUGUGCUUGCGAGACGACCGAGCAUGGCUGUUGUACGGACAAGAUCACCCCCGCCAAGGGACCCAAGUUCGAGGGCUGCCCCUGCGAGACGACCCAAUUCGGAUGCUGUCCCGAUGGGCUCACCAUUGCCAAGGGACCCCACCACCACGGAUGCCAUUGCACCCAGACGGAGUUCAAGUGUUGCGACGACGAAAAGACUCCGGCCAAGGGACCCAACGGCGAGGGAUGCACCUGCGUGGAGAGCAAGUUCGGCUGCUGUCCCGACGGAGUUAGCAAGGCGACGGACGAGAAGUUUGGCGGAUGCGAGCAUGUCCAGGAGCCAGUGCAAAAGGCCUGCAAUCUGCCGAAGGAGACGGGCAACUGCAGCAGCUACAGCGUCAAGUACUUCUUCGAUACCACAUACGGCGCAUGCGCUCGGUUCUGGUAUGGUGGCUGCGGAGGCAACGACAACCGAUUCGGGAGCGAGGCCGAGUGCAAGGAGAGCUGCCAGGAUUACACCGGACAGAAUGUCUGUCUGCUGCCCAAGGCCACCGGUCCCUGCACGGGCUACAAAAAGAAGUGGUACUUCGAUGCUGACCGCAACCGCUGCGAGGAGUUCCAGUACGGUGGAUGCUUCGGCACCACCAACCGCUUUGAUAGCUUGGAACAGUGCCAGGGAACUUGCACUGCCAGUGCGCAUCUUCCAACCUGCGAACAGCCUGUGGAGAGUGGACCGUGUGCCGGAAACUUUGAGCGUUGGUACUACGACAAUCAGACCGACAUCUGCCGACCCUUCACCUAUGGAGGUUGCAAGGGCAACAAGAACAACUAUCCAACGGAACACGCCUGCAACUACAACUGCCGCCAACCGGGCGUGCUUAAAGACCACUGUGCUCUUCCUAAGCAAACCGGUGAUUGCAGUGAAAAGCUGGCCAAGUGGCACUACUCCGAUAGCGAGAAGCGCUGUGUGCCCUUCUACUACACGGGUUGUGGUGGCAACAAGAACAACUUCCCCAGCCAGGAGUCCUGCGAGGACCACUGCCCCCGGCAAGUUGCCAAGGACAUCUGUGAGAUACCUGCCGAGGUGGGAGAGUGUGCCAACUACGAGGCUAGUUGGUACUACGAUACCAAGGAUCAGGCCUGUCGCCAGUUCUACUACGGCGGCUGCGGUGGCAAUGAGAACCGCUUCCCCACCGAGGAGUCCUGUUUGGCCCGCUGCGAACGCAAGCCCGAACCAACCACCACCACCACCCCGGUUCCACCGCCGGCUCCUAGCAGACGGGACAUUUGCGACGAGGAGGCAGCUCCUGGCGAAUGCUCUGAAUGGAUCAUCAAGUGGCACUUUGAUCGCAAGUACGGUGCUUGUCGCCAGUUCUACUACGGCGGUUGUGGCGGCAAUGGCAAUCGUUUCGAAUCGGAGACGGAUUGUCAGCAGCGCUGCACUAGACAAGAACGUCCAGCCCCUACUCCUGCUCCUGCUCCUGCUCCGGCUCCUCAACCAGAAACUGUUAGUCAGUGCAAUCAGCCUGCUGCGCCGGGCGAAUGCGAUGAAUGGGUUAUCAAGUGGAACUACAAUGCCACGGCGGGUAUUUGCCAAUCGUUCUACUAUGGCGGCUGCGGCGGCAACGAUAACCGCUUUGAAUCCGAGGACGAUUGCUCUGCUCGCUGCUCUCCCAAUGUAGACGUUCGCUUUGGAGAACCGGAUCCCGAACCCGUGGAACCGGAGGAACCUGUGGAGGAAUCUCGUCCCGACACGUCCAAGUGCUUCUUGCCCUCCGAGCCGGGCAACUGUUAUGAAAACGAAACCCGCUGGUUCUACAACAGUCAAGAGGGACUCUGCGACGAGUUCGUCUACACGGGAUGCGGCGGUAAUGCCAACAGCUAUGCCACCGAAGAGGAGUGCCAGAGCGAAUGCAAUGAUGCCCAGACCACCUGUGCUAUGCCACCGGUCCGAGGACGAUGCAGUUACUCCUCCCAACGCUGGUACUUCGAUGAGCGCAGCGGCGGAUGCCACGAGUUUGAGUUCACCGGAUGCCGCGGCAACCGCAACAACUUCAUUUCGGAGAGGGAGUGCCUCAGCUUCUGCCGCGGUGAAAACGCAGUGGAACCCGAACCUCAACCACCAGCACCGACCUACUCCGUGUGCACCCAGCCUCCAGAGGCGGGCGAAUGUGACAACAGCACCACCAUGUGGUUCUACGACAGCGAGAACAUGGCCUGCACGGCCUUCGCCUACUCCGGAUGCGGAGGCAAUGGAAACCGAUUCGAGACGCGCGACCAAUGCGAGCGGCAGUGCGGAGAGUUCAAGGGAGUGGACGUUUGCAAUGAGCCGGUGACGUCGGGUCCCUGCACUGUUUGGCAGACCCGGUACUACUUCAACAAGCGGAGCCAGGCUUGCGAGCCGUUUACUUAUGGUGGAUGCGAUGGCACCGGAAAUCGUUUCAACGAUUUGUACGAAUGUCAGACAGUUUGCAUAGCCGGCCGCGAACCGACGGUGGGCUCGGCUAAAGAAGUCUGCCUGCUGCCGUUGGCGAUGGGCCGCUGCAAUGGACCUGCGGUGCAAGAGCGCCGUUGGUACUACGACGAUAAGAUUGGAAACUGUUUGUCCUUUAUUUACGCGGGUUGCUCGGGCAACCAGAACAACUUCCGAUCCUUCGAGGCAUGCACGAACCAAUGCCGACCCGAAACGAACGAUUUAGACAAUGGAAUUGGACGUAGUCCGUGCGAUACCUUUGAUGCCGAGUGCCGGGAACUCCGCUGUCCGUAUGGCGUUCGUCGUGGAGCUGCCCAAUCUCAACCGGAGUGCACACAGUGCACUUGCGAGAAUCCCUGCGAGGGUUACAACUGUCCCGAGGGCCAGCAAUGCGCCGUCGAUGUGGCUAGGUCCGAUGAUCGCCAGUUUGCCCCAGUCUGCCGCGACAUAAACAAACCUGGCGAGUGUCCAGCUCUGUCGGCCAAUGCCAGUGGCUGUGCCCGCGAGUGCUACUCCGAUGCCGACUGCCUCGGCGACAACAAGUGCUGCAGCGAUGGUUGCGGACAGCUCUGUGUGGCUCCCGCUCGUCCCACCUUGCCGCCCACAACUCAGGCCCCCGUAGUCGUCUAUCCGGGCGAUGUGAAAGCUGCUCUGGAACCCAAGCAACCGCAUGAGCUGGAUGUCCAGACGGCCAUUGGCGGCAUUGCCGUGCUGCGUUGCUUCGCCACCGGCAAUCCGGCUCCGAACAUCACAUGGUCGCUCAAGAACUUGGUGAUCGACACGAACAAGGGCCGCUAUGUCCUGACUCCCAACGGUGAUUUGACCAUUGUCCAGGUGCGUCAAACCGACGACGGCACCUACGUCUGCUUGGCCAGCAAUGGCCUGGGAGAUCCGGUGCGACGAGAAGUUGGUCUACAGGUUACAGAGGGCGUAAACCUGCCCGCAUACGUUUAUGGUGAAAAGAAUGUUACGCAGAUCGUGCAGCUGAACCGUCCGGCCGUGAUUCGCUGUCCGGCCGGAGGCUUUCCGGCUCCGCACGUCAGCUGGUGGCGCAACGGGAAAAUGUUUGGCCUUCAGAACAACCGCAUGGCCCGCGAUUUCUCGCUGGUCUUCAACUCUGUUCAGUUAACGGAUCUUGGACUUUACACUUGCGAGGUGUACAACCAGCGGCGUCCCGUUUCGCUGCGAGUCACCCUGAAGGCGGUGGGUCCAGUCCGGGCUAUGACCAACGAGGAAGUCCCAUACCUGCAGUAUGUGCUGGAUCCGGCCACCCGUCCGGUGACCCAGCGACCCAGCUAUCCCUACCGACCCACUCGACCGGCCUAUGUGCCUGAACCGGUUGUCAAUGUCCAUGCUGUGCUGGCACUGGACCCCAAGAACAGCUACACAGCCGGCUCCAGCAUUGCCAUGAGCUGCUCCGUGCAAGGCUAUCCGGAACCCAAUGUGACUUGGACCAAGGACUUCCUGCCUCUCUACAACAAUGAGCGCGUUCAAAUUACAUCCCAGCCACAUCGCCUGGUACUGCACAAUGUGACCAUUGAGGACACGGGCAAGUAUGCCUGCAGGGCCAGCAAUGCAUACACCUACGCCGACGGAGAAGCAAAGGUUUCAAUUCAGUCUGUUGUACCCGUUUCGCCGGAGUGCGUAGACAGUCCGUACUUUGCCAACUGCAAGCUGAUCGUCCAGGGUAGAUACUGUUCCAAAAACUCGUACUACAUCAAGUUCUGCUGCCGAUCCUGCACGUUGGCGGGCCAGGCAGGCAGGCCCCUUCAUCCCAAUGCGGUAUAAAUCCACACACAUCGUGGACACAGAGAGCAGAGUAUUUUUGUUUAAUUUUCGCAUUGAAUUGAGUUUAAAGUUUCAACGAAGAACCGAAACCAGCACACAAGAAUAAUUGGAUCGACAUUCUCGAAGGAUAUUCUAUUCUAUGAUUCUAUUCAAAAGCAGAGAGACCAAAAAGCCAACCGUUGCCUAGCCAUAUAACCAUAGCCUAAAGAUCAAGAACGAACGACCGAACGUCUAAUGUAGUAGUAUUUACUCUCUUCCAGAACAAAAGCAAAUAGUAUUAGUGUUUUUUAUGUUUGUGUUCCUAUUUAUUCUUGAUUACGAGUAACAUUAAAUUCAAUCGAGGUAAAAAAGCGGCUAAAACGAAUUUGUAUUCUACUUUUUAGUUUCUACGACAACUACAUUUCUGUGCAACGAGUAAAGCAUUUAAGCCUAAAAACAAAUAAUUGUAAAUAAAUUAAAACUACAUAAUAAAGAGUGCAUAUGUAUAAUACAAGA